AAAGAACCGAAAUUGGUUGCAAAUGAUGAGGAGACGAGUACGGUAGAAGAUAAGGAUUUGGCGGAAAAUGAGGCUACAAGCACUUCUAAGGCUAAAGAUCAGGAACAGGAGACGACAGAAGCCGCAAAGACUGAAGGAGGCGAUGAUGAGAAUGAUUUUGUAAAGACUGAACCUCUUACAUCCGACGAUUUGAAGAGUCAACAUGAAGACGAUGAAGAAACUGAGGAUAAUAGUUUUGACUCGGCUCAUGUGGAUAAAUCUAACAUGGAUGACAGUUUUGACUCGGAUCAGGUGGAUAAGGAAGAUCUUUUUAAUGUAAAGCCUAGUGAAGACGACAACGAAGAAGAAGUUUCGACCGUAAAAAUCCCACCCACUAAAGAAGAUGAUCUUGAUGGUGAAUGGCCUAGUGAAGACGACAACGAAGAAGAAGUUUCGACCGUAAAAAUCCCACCCACUAAAAAGGAUGAUCUUGAUGGUGAAUGGGUAGGCACCGAGAAGACGCCCGGAGCUAUCCGUGAAGAGAAGCGGAGGCUGGAGAAGGCGAAAAGAAAGAAGGAUAAAAAAGGAACAAUGGCCAAUGAAAUCGAAAAAUCAGAAAAAGCCACUACUCAAACCACUAAUUACAAUAAUGCAAACGCCUCUGGUGAUGACGUAGAAGAUUCAAAGAGUAAUGAAAUCACCAUUUUCCCAACACUACCUACUCUUCCCACCUUGCCACCUUUAGGACAAACCUUGCCCACAUUGCCACCAUUUAAACCACCUCCCGAAUUUGACAACUUGUUACAAACGAUCUCCGAAAAUUGGCGGAAGAUCUUUCCCUCUGCCAAGAUACCCUCAUUCAAACCAGAAAAAUAA